AUAAAGUUUUGUCGAUAUGUUUUCAUCGGAUUUUUUCCGAUAUGUCACUUUUCAUGUUUCCUUUGUGAUUUUCCACAAUUCUUAUUUAUCCAUCUAAAAUUUUCUAACUGAAAGUCUCAUAAAAUGCGAAACAAAGCAAUAUUUAUCGACAGUUUUCCAUUUUUUCCUUUAUUUUUGGAAAAAAUUGAAUGAUGGGUUAUGAUCAUGGCUGAAUCAAACAUUAAUAGCAAUGAUUUUCAUACUGCAAUUUUCAGGGAAAUUUACAAAAACACUUGGCUCAAAAAAGUAUCCUCGCAUUCGAAAAAGAAAAGAGAAAGGCUGUGGAUAGUAUUUUGUGUUCAUGAUGAUGUGAAUGCAUUUCUGGAAGCAUACUCUGAUAGUAAAUGUGCUAUAUUACAUAAACCGUGUCAAUACUUUUUUUUGAACACAACACAGCAUGUUACUUCUUCUAUAUGUCCUAAUAACCAAGAAUAUGAAUUUUGUAUUACUUUACACAAUGAAAUUCUUAGAUUGGCAGCUCCUUCUCAAGAUGUUAUGCAUGAAUGGGUUGAAAUCUUACGUAAUAAAUUGAAAGAGAUGAAAAUAUUAUGUCCUUUGGAAAAUCUAUAUACAAAGUUACCUGAACCAAAAAAUGGUCUUCCAUUAUUAUCAACAAGAGAUCCAAACUCUCCUUUGCCUCCACCCCCUAUGGGUACAAGAAGUGACCUUACAAGAAUGAUUAAUGAUGCACCUGGCUCCUCUGGUCAUUCUAGAGUUACAAAUACACCAUCUAGAAGAAGAUCUGAGUCCAGUUCUUCAUGUGAUAGUUUUAGUAUUUCACAAAAUGCUCAUGAAAAUGAUGUUUUCAAUUUUGAAAAUUUGAACAGACUAUUAGAUAGUCCUCCACUAUCUGCUCCUGCUAGUAUGAAUCACUAUGAACCUGUCUUCCAAGUACCUUCUUCUCCAGGUCCUUCGUCUAGACCUGAAAUAGAUUCCCAAAAUAGAAUGGUGGCCACUAGUUGUACAAGGUUUUUAAUGCCACCACCAAGACCAUAUAAAACACUUAGAGAGCAGCAAGUCCAACAAUUACAAAAUGAAAUAAAACAUCCAUGUGGCGUUAGACUACAACUAAGGAGACGAGACUGUUUAAAUGCAAUAGCUUUUGUAGAUGCCUUAGAUUCUGUAUGGAUUUGUGGGUGGAAACAGAAGGAACAUCCAAUGCUCUACAAUGCAUUACACAUUGGUGAUCAAGUUAUGAGUGUUGAAGGAAUGGUAGUGAAAACUGCAUAUCAAGUCAGAAGGAUACUUAAAAGUCACAGUGCUAUCUAUAUCAACAUUAUAAUUAAAAGGAUUCCAUUCGGUAAAGUUUUUGUAAUCCAUCGAGAAAUUGAAGGACAGCCGCUUGGUAUAAUUCAAGAGAAUAAUACAGCUGUCAUUGAAACUGUCCAAGCUGAUAGUUUGGCAGCUAAAUACGGAUUGCCUUGUAGAGCGAUGACCUGUGAUGGCACAGGUUUCACCAAUUGGGUUUUAACAGAAAUUAAUUGCCGUCCUCUAAAUUUAUAUUUCAAGAAAAAUCAAGUAAGAGAUCGCCUUAACGCAGUGGGUAGAGAUAUAUCCAUUCUAGUACAACCUUUGGACCUAGUUAAACAACUCAAAAAAGAAUUAAAAUCAAUUAGAAAUUACAAAGAGUAUCUUCUUCAAUGAGUACAAAUAGUAGAUUAUUCAUGUGAUUUGAGCAGUAUUAUGUCCAAUUGUGAAAUUUCACUAGUUUAAUGCUGGCAUGAUUUGAUGAAAAAAUGAUAUGAUAAAUUUCAAGCAAAAAACACCUGCACAAUCUUGAGAUAAAAAAUAGCUGAGUAAUGUACUUGAUUGAUGGGUAAACAGGCAGUUGCUACUUUAAAUAAGACAAUCACAGGCAACUUCUUUCGUAUAAUACACAAAUUAAAAAAAAAUCAUUCAAUGGAAACUUAGGUCUGAAAAAAUAUUCUGUGAUUUUAAAUAUUGCUUUUUGUAUUAUAUACAAAUAAAAAAACAGUACAUUUAUAAUUUAUGAAUAUAUUUCAUCAAAAUACAUAAUAACUAAGCUGUAUUUUAUUGUAGUUUUUAUAUGUAUUGAAAUAAAACAUAAUAUUCAGCAAAAAUA